AUUUCCACUACUGGAGCUUCAACUGUUGCUUCUGCUAUGGCAAGAUCUAUCAUUCCUCUGGCAUCUACUACAAGAUCUGCUGUUCCUCCGGCAUCUACUGUGACAACUAGCUCUUUCGUUCCUUCGGCAUCUACUGUGACAAGAACAAGAUCUGUCGUUCCUCCGGAUGCAUGUUCUGCUGCACUUUCUACACGUGUUUCUACCACCGCUUUUCUAACGGAACCAUCCUUUUUAACCACUAACCAAGCCACCGCGUCUCCUGAGGUUGCACGUGCUAAUACCCACACGAAUAUUCAACAGAGGCGACCAAGAGGUACGCGGGCAGGAGCGUAUCGGCAACAAGAGCGCUUCAUGCGCUUUUUGUACCAGCUUUCUUCGGCGCAUAAUAAUUGGGGACGUAGGAGACAACAUCCCAAUGCAAAAGAGCGACGUCCGCCAUCCAGGCAAGAAUAAGAAGAUGGUUUUAUCAGUUUUAUGUGUUUUCUAAAAUAAGAUUUUUUUUUUAAGAGUGAUCUCAAAGGGAGGAUUACCAUUGACAGAGCCGAAGCCAAUCAGAAUUCGCGCUGGUAGUAAGAAAAGCAGAAACUGUCGACUACCAGCGCGAGUUCUGAUUGAUUUCUGCUUUUCUGUUUUUUGUUUUCAAGGUUAAUUCUCCUUAAGAAUAGAUUAAGUUUUUGAUAUCGCAUAAGAGAUCUUUUUUUUGUUUACGUAAAAGUAUAUGUAAAAGUUUUAUUUUGUUGUGCGUACACAAUG